AUGCCGUCCGAGAAGUUGCCGCCCAAAAAGAAAAGAUUGAGGUUGGCUGAUAUGGAGCACUCAUCAGGGGAGUCCAGUUUUGAAUCAACCUGUACAAGUCUGUCCAGAAGUCCCAGCCAAGAAAGCAAUUUGUCCCACUCCUCUUCGUUCUCAAUGUCCUUCGAUAAAGAAGAAGCAAUCAAGUCAAUGUCCCCUACCAAACAGGAGGACUCAAUGUCUAGUGUUGGUGUACCUAAACAGUCUGAGUUCCUGACAGUGCCGGGCACUGGUCAUUCGGGCCACCACCAGCAGAGGGAGAUGAGGAGGUCUUCUUCAGAGCAAGCCCCUUGCACUUUACCUUCGGAAUUAUCCGAAAUGAGAAGCAAAUCUUUUGACUAUGGAAGUCUAUCAUCCUCACGACAAGGAGAGGUUUACUCCAGUGCCUCUGGCAUGAAGGAAAGGAGAAGAGGAUUUCUGGUCCGACAGCCUUCACUGAGUGUCUAUCCAGAGGCAGUAGUUCAGGAGUCUUCAAGCGAGAUGACGAUUAAAAAGGAGGAUCAUGGGUCUUGGUCAAGUGGUGAUGUCAUGAGGAGCAAACGACUCAGCAGUGGUGUUGCUCCAUCUCUUCAUGCCCAGUACAUACUCCAACAAAGCAUCAGUGAGGACAGUCUUCAAGAUGAACCUCUUCAUGUCAGAGCCCAGCACUACCGCCUACAAACCCAGGGAUCUUCCUCAGAAGGAGAACAUCAAGAGGCCUGUACUGGAGCCAAGAUGGUGGUCAGAUCCCCAGACACCAACUUGCCAUUCAAGCGCAACAACAACUUCAAAAAAUCCACCACAAAAGCUGCACUAGCUCUUCUCCGGUCCAAACAAAAGAGAUACACGGACUGGAUCUUCACCACGGCAGCGCUGAUGCCGCAGAGCUCUGGGAAACUGGUCUCGUCUGUUGCCUGGAAGCUGCGGUUUGAUCAGUUGAAGCCAGAAUUGAUGCCCGUUGAUGUGAGUAAAUUUGGGAAGAAGAUGAAGGGAGUGGUUUCCUGGGACAGGUCCAAAGAUGAACCAGAACAGAAGGAGGUGUCAGUCAAACCAGCCAUCGUUGAGCCGACCCGGAUCAAGAUCUUUGAAGGAGGAUACAAAUCAAACGAGGACUAUGUGUACGUACGCGGGCGCGGUCGGGGGAAGUACAUCUGUGAGGAGUGUGGGAUCAGAUGUAAAAAGCCCAGCAUGUUAAAGAAACACAUCCGCACGCACACGGACGUCCGCCCUUACGUCUGCAAAUACUGCAACUUCGCCUUCAAGACUAAAGGAAAUCUGACGAAACACAUGAAGUCGAAGGCCCACAUGAAGAAGUGUCUGGAGCUGGGAGUGUCCAUGUCGUCAGUGGAGGACAUAGAGGCCGAUGAAGGAGACACAGUUGAAGAGCGUUCAGAGAAGCUGCACUCGUCUCUUGAGCCGCACCAGUUUUCUGACGCCGACGACUCUGACGGAGAAGACCUGGACGAGGACGAGGAGGACGAAGAAGACGACUACGACGGAGACUCCACGCCAAAAACGCGCUCUCGCUCCACCAGCCCCCAGCCCUACGGCCUGCCCGCCAUGUCCAUUACCUCCGUGGCGCCGCACCUCUCCCUGCACCCCCCUGUGCCCGCCGGCUCUCCGGACAUCCUGGGUCACAACGCUAAACCGCCUCCCUCACUUUUCGGGUAUUUCACGACCGUCCCGAGCAUUCAGAUCACUCCGCAAGCGGCGCAUCCCGUAGAUCCAAAGGAGCAGUUCCAGCGGGGGAUGGCCGUCACUAGACUUCUCGCUCCGCCAUCUGUAGACGAAGAUCUGUCCAUAUCGUCGUCAGAUCUAUGCCCCCCCUCGCGCCUCUCUUCCCCAGGCUUGGACACUCCCGGUUGCCCCUCUCCCAUAUCGCCAUCCUCCUCCCCAUCGGCUCGUCGAUACCUCUCCCCGCGGCGGGAACUUUCUUCCAGACCUGGACACCUGUCUCCUCGUCGGGACAAUUCACCGCUACGCCACGUUUCGCCCAAACGUGACAUUGGAGCGGGGAGUUACCGCAGAGAUCUGUCUCCCAGGAGAGGACACCUGUCGCUGCUGUCGCCGCUCUCCAGACCCACGUCUCCUGGAGGAAGCCGAGAUUUUAAGAGGGAUCUGUCCCCUAGAGGGCGCCACCGGGGGAUGAUUCGACCGGUGUCCCCAAGAAGAGGGCUACAACAUCAGCACCUCCUGUACCAAAGCCCGCACAGUGGCGCUCGGAGCCUGAGGGCAGGUCUUCAGUCUGGACUCUUGGGUCAGACUCGAGCCAGCGCCGACAUGGAGACGGAUCAUUUAGGCUCAUCUCCUCCUGAUGGAAACAGAGGAAGUCCUCCUCAUCAAGUCCUGUUCAGCCACCUUCCUCUUCACUCACAGCUACAGGUGCGCUCUCCUUUCCCCAUGAUCCCCAUCGGCGGUAUCCAGAUGGUCCACUCUGUCCCGGCUUCAGUCACCUCUCCUCUACCGCAGCACGACGCCUCCUGCCCCCGGGUCACCUCCCUCCAGAAGAGCACCUCAGAGGACUCCAACCCGGGCGACCGUACUCCGCCACACCCCCAACAAAACGUCUCGCCCUCUCCCCAGUCCCCCCCGGACCCGUGCCGACCGGCGGAACCAGAGGAGGGCAUUCAAAACUUCACCGACAACUUUUCGUCGCUCUGCAUCGACGCGGAGACAAACGCGGACGAAGGGAAGUCCCACAACACGCCAUUGCACUUUAGCCAGUCGCCAACCCCCGGCCCGUCACCGGAAAGCACGCAGGGAAGCAAAGAACCGGCUUCGUAA